AUGGAUACAGCUGACACCUGUUCAUGUCUAUUAGACAUGGUUCUGUUGGGUAUCGAGAAGAUCGAUUCUGACGAAAAUGAUCCCAAGGAGAAGUGGUGUUUUUUAGCCGCUAUCUUCAAGAGAACCGAGGCUUACACCAAGGAGUACGCUGACGCUGAGAAGGCUUUGAUUGCUGCUAAGAGAGAGGCCAAGGCUUCCGGCUCUUACUACGUUGACGCCGAGCCAAAGCUUGUCUUUGUUGUCAGAAUCAAGGGUAUCAACAAGAUUGCUCCAAAGCCAAGAAAGGUUUUGCAAUUGCUCAGAUUGACCCAGAUCAACGCUGGUGUCUUCGUCAAGGUCACCAAGGCCACCGCCGAGCUCAUCAAGUUGGUCGAGCCAUACGUUGCUUACGGUUACCCUUCGCUCUCCACCAUCAGACAGCUCAUCUACAAGAGAGGUUACGGUAAGGUCAACAAGCAAAGAAUCGCUCUUUCCGAGAACUCCAUCAUCGAGGCUUCCCUCGGAAAGUACGGUAUUGCUUCCAUCGAGGACUUGAUCCACGAGAUCUACACCGUUGGUCCAAACUUCAAGCAAGCCAACAACUUCUUGUGGCCAUUCAAGCUCUCCAACCCAUCUGGCGGCUGGGGUGUUAGAAGAAAGUUCCAACACUUUAUCCAAGGUGGUUCUACUGGUAACAGAGAGCAAUACAUCAACGAGUUGAUCAAGAAGAUGAACUAA